AAACGCCCAAUCUAUCCAGUUGUUGGAAAAGAUGGCAGUCCGUUACCCACACAUGUAUCCGGUGCUUAUAUUGACAAGGGCGGAAGAAUCAUUCCAACUGAUGCAAGCGGAAAGCCACUUCGAGCGGAUGGAUCCCUGCUUCCUACCGACGCAUCCGGCAAUUAUGUAGCGAGUCCACAUUGGGAAACUUUUGGUAUAGUGCUACCAACUGAUGAAAGAGGCAACGUUAUCUACCCUGUAACCAAGCCUGAUGGUUCUCCACUUCCCACGGACAUAUCUGGAAACUUUGUUACUGACGAAGGAACCAUUGUUGAAAAGGACGAGGAAGGCAGACCAAUUGGACCUCACGGACAUGUGUUGCCAACGGAUGAGACGGGGAACUACAUCUAUCCCGUUGUUGGACCUGACGGAAGCCCACUCCCAACAGACAUUCACAAACGCCCAAUCUAUCCAGUUGUUGGAAAAGAUGGCAGUCCGUUACCCACACAUGUAUCCGGUGCCUAUAUUGACGAAGAGGGAAGAAUCAUUCCAACGGAUGCAAGCGGAAAGCCACUUGGAGCGGAUGGAUCCCCACUCCCGACAGACGCAUAUGACAAUUAUGUAACGGGUCCACAUUUGGAAACAACUGCUAAGGUGUUGCCAACCGACGAAAGCGGCAACGUGAUCUUCCCUGUCACCGAACCUGAUGGCUUACCACUUCCUGUUGACGCAUCAGGAGACUUUAUCACUGAUCAACCUAUGGUUCUUGAAAAAGGUGAAGACGGAAAACCAUUGGGACCUGAUGAACAAGUGCUACCUCGCUAUGUUGUAGUGACCGAAGACGGUCGUCCACUUCCGACUAAUGAGUAUGGUAAUUCGAUUGACCAAAAUGGAGUUCCUAUUCCCACUGAUUACGUUGGGAGACCAUUAGGCCAUAGCAAGACACCACUUCCGACGAAUGCAUAUGGAGAAUACGUCAUGGUGCCCAGCCGACGGCAUUCAAGUCAUUGCAUCGUUUCGUCCCACAUUGAGUUGGUGGUUAUUCUUGAUACUUCGAACAGUAUCAAGGUUCUUGAUUAUCGCAUCAUGAAGGAGCUACUAAAGAACUUUUUAGUCGAUCAUUUUGACAUGACAAAGAACAAAGUUCGUGUUGGCGUCGUGAAAUACGGAGAGACUGCAGAAAUACCAAUUUCUCUUGGAGAUUACGACGACAUAGACGAGCUUUUGCACCGAAUCAGCGAUACAAGGCGGGUUAAGGGGAAGCCUAUGCUUGGAUUAGCGCUUAAGGAGGCUGCUGGAGAACUUCUAAUCUCGGGCUCUGAAAACAUUCCCAAAUUCCUGCUACUUCUUAAAAACGGUGCAUCAUUAGAUCCAGUGCAGGAAGCCGCUGAGACGUUGACGAAGGACAUCGGUGCUCACAUGUUCGUAGUGGAAGCAGGCGAUGAUGAAAGUUCUUCUCAGGACUCCCAACUUACCGCCGACGAUAGAGUGAUUCGCAUUCCACAAUGGCAUGGAACAGAUUCGGAAACGCUGGGCCCCAUUGCUGAUGCCAUUUGCAAGAUAGCUCCAGCAGAUCCUUCACGUCAAAUCACAUGGCCAGUUAGAAAAACAACUAUGCCAUCAUUCGUAACUGUUCGUUCAUGUAAUCAGAUAGAUUACCCAGCAGACGUCAUUAUCAUGCUGGACUCGUCAGAGAACUUCUCUGCGGAGGAAUUCUAUGCAAUGAAAGAAAGUGUAGCAGAACUGGUUGAUGCUGGAUUUGAUCUCGCCCCAGAUGUUGUGAGGAUCGGUUUCAUAAUCUACAGUGAUAAAGUAGCCGUUCCUGUAGCUUUGGGUCACUAUGAGGACAAGAUUGACUUAAUCCAACAAAUUUCUGACACUACGAAGAUUAACGACGGAAUUGCGAUUGCUUUAUACGGCCUCAAUGCGGCGAGACAACAAUUUCAACUUCACGGCAGAGAUAAUGCCACUCGCAUAGUGAUAAUGAUAACAAACGGAAGGAACAGGGGAAACGCAGCGCCAGCAGCUGAAGAUCUUCGAGAAAUGUACGGCAUUCAACUGUUCAUACUUGCGGUCAGUGCGGAUGAGGAGGGUCUGAAUACGCUUAAACGCAUAGCUGGGAAAGAAUACCCAAAUCGCGUCUAUGAGGUGGCAACAGCUUUUGAGCUCGAUGAACAAGCAGCCACAAUUAGUCGCCAUCUUUGUGACUACACUACCCCUGCUAACGGUAUUCAUCCCACGGAGCCCACAAUUCGGCGGACGACAAAGAGAGAUGUGCAGUCCUCUAAUGCCAUUUCACGUCCAUCGAGUAACAUACGCUCGCUAAAAUACUCUCCACUCUGCAGUGACGGUAUUAAACGACCAUAUCAGAUUAAUAUUCUCAUUGAUGUGACCGCUCGAUCAUCUGCAGAGGAUUUCCGCCUCGUUAUGGACCACCUCUCUUUGUUCUUCCAAAGACGCUUCGCUCCUGAUGAUACCAUGCUACAAUUCAAUUUAAUGACUAUCAGUAGUCAAAAAGUGCUUGAUGCCCGAGCUGGUCUUUCAGUUGGCGAUAUCGUGUUCGCCCUGAAUGAUGUCGUACAGGACAGUGAUGAUGUAGAAUCGGCGAAAUUAGGAGUCGGCAUCGAUAGUCUUGUGGAGAUGUCUAAUGACAACUAUAUAAAAGGAUCGUAUAAGAUAAUGCUCAUCAUUAGUGCUGACAGCACCAGCAGUGAUUCGGCUCUUCCAUCAGCAGAGUUCGCAGCUGGUGACUUCAGUAACAACAUCAUCGGUUUGUCUGUUAGAAAACCGUCGACGAAUCUGCUCACAAACAUGGCUGGUGCGGGCACGAGAGUGAUUCAUCUAGACUGGACAUCCCCGAAUGAGCUGUUCAACAGCUGGCUUGUUUAUGCUAUUUGCGACUAUGUCACUGCGAGCACAGCGAAGGUCACUUCACCAUCGACUAGAGCAAAAGCCGUGUUAACACGCAGAACUACUCGUAAGCGUUCAGCACUGCUUUUUGCUUUUGCUGAGCAAUCAACUAUGAAUUACACUAUUCUUUAUACUCACGACUACUCAAUUCCUACCGACCACUGGCAGAAACUGUCCGCCACCUGUAGGGACAGUUUUGGAACAGUCAUAGAGAAUCUGCCAACGGAUCACGUAUACACAGUCUGUGUGACGGCAUCUAAUGCAAAACUUAAUAGCUCAGUUCCUUUACCUGAAAACGAGAACUGUGCUCAAGCCACACUAAACAAAAACACCACAGCGCCUGAUGUUUAUCAGCCAGUGGAAAUAGCUCCAUGUAAUUGCCUGUGUGAUCACGGAAAGGCAGUACUAAAGCCGUCGUGCGACUACUCUAUUGACACAUAUCGUCCGAUGACUACUCUUCCACCGGCGACUGAAGAGGAAUGUCCUUGCAAGGUCAACGCACAUGCGGGCAGGUGUCCACCUGGAUAUGUCCUCAAAAGAGGACAGUGCUACGAUGUGGACGAAUGCGCUGUGAACAAUGGUGGUUGUUCACAUGGAUGCGUUAACACUCCUGGCGGACAUUAUUGUGCAUGCCCUUACGGAAUGACUAGAGAUCCGUUGGACACCAACACUUGUGUGAAUGCAGCCAAUGCAUUUGAUCGAAUAGCUCAGCUUUUGGCGCAUUAUCUCCACGCCAAUGCUAAACAAGCAGCUGGGAAAUUGGAAACUGCUGGACAAUCGCAGCAAAAGACGAAGUAUAAGGCUACGAUCAAGUCCGCUGACGACAAAGCCAUCACAUUCGAGUGGUCCGCCGUGCCAGCGAUGGUACGCCGAGCCUUCAGAUGGCUCUUUUAA